ACAUUCUCCCCUCCCGCUCCUGACAUCAGAUCCUUCGAAUUCCAAGCCUGCCUUUCGAAAAUGGUUUUCCUCUUCCUCACCAUCGCCAUCGCCAUCGCCAUCGACAUCAGCAUCCUUGCAACAAGCCACCCCCUUCGUCCUUCCUCCCGCCAUAUAUACCUCCGCGCCUCCUCCUCGCCAUUCUCAUCUCCUCACCGCCCGUCCAUAGGCCAUAGCUCUCCAACUCUCGAGAAAACUGAAGCUCCAGUCUCACGAGAGAGGAACGGAAGGCUCUCAGACUCCAUCUCUACUCCUCCGAGCUCUACACCCCGGCCGGCCUCUACAUCUCUAAUGGGGGAGCACGCUUACGUCGACCACAGCAGCAGCGGCGGCGGCAUGAGCCCGUCGACGCCGCCGGUGCAGCAGCGGCGGCAGCAGCGCAGGGGCUCCUCGUACCACGCGACGGCGCCCAGGGCCGCCAGGACGCGGCCGGCGAUACGGAUCAUCCACAUCAUCGCGCCGGAGAUCAUCAAGACGGACGUCGACAACUUCCGGGACCUCGUGCAGCGCCUCACCGGGAGGCACCACCACGAGCAACCGGCCGACGACAGCACGGCAGUGGCGGUGGGCGCGGCGACCACCCCGCCGUCGCCGGCAGAGGAGAAGCCGCAGAGGAAGAGACUGGCGCCGGCACCGGUGCCGGCUCUGGCCGACGAUUUCUUGGUGCAACAGGAGAACAAGAGGAGGAAGAAGAUCAAGUGCGAGGUGGUGAAGGUGGAGGAAGGAGGGUUCGGCUGCGGCGGCGGCGACCUCGAUUUCAGCGAGCUAUGGAUGGAUCUCAACCCCGGGGGUUUCCUGAGCUUCUUGGAGGAGGACAUCUUCCAGGACAUGAUGGCUCCUGACUUGUUGCCCCAGCCUCUCGGGGCGCCGAGGAUGGAUUUAGUUGGUGAAAUGUGCGCCUCCUAUCUGGCUUAGUUAGUUAGUUUGACGUUAGAGCUGUUCUUGUGAUCUUUUUCUUGUUUCUGUGAGGAUCUUUUUGCACUUUGGUUGAGAGAAAUGGAUUCUUUUCUCUCUUCCCUUUGUCUCUAGAUGAACACAAUCUUGGAAGAACUUCCAUGGUUGCAAGUACUACGUAGUGAUUAUGUAAAGUAGCCUCGUGGGAUGAUGAUCGUUAAGGAAUGGUCAGUUUGCGUGCUCA